CCGGCCCGUGCAGCGCGUGUUCCCGGCGCUCUGCGGCCUCGCUGUCGAGCCCCCGCCAGGGAAUGGUGGCCGGCGGUGGCGGGGAGCAGCCCGAGCGCAGUGAGAGCCGCCCAGCCCGUGUCGCCGCGCCCGCCUGGGGCUCUGGCCGGGGCGACCUGCACAGCAGGAACACCGGUGCUCGCUCUCCGGUCUGUCUCCUUAAAGCCUCGAGAGACAACUUCUGCUUGGCCAUGGCGAUGAGGCCACCGGUGCUUUGGGAAUACGUUGGUGAUGUGCAGGGACCACUGCUGGCCUUGCUACGUGAACUGUGGGUGUUGAAAAACAUCGUGACGUCGCAGUGAAUUUGAAGGGACAGGGAUACCGUUCUCACAGCCAUCCUUUCACAAAGGGUUCCCUCAUUCAUGGCUUGAGCCUGGCAGUCAUAGGAUGGGCUGUCAACUCUGCUGCAGGCACUGAAGUGACAUCACAAACAGUGGCCGUGAGCCGAAGACCUCGCACGGGUGACACGUCUGCUCCGGAAAAGGCUUAGAGAGACAUGGAGAUUGAAAGAAUCAUUCAAGACACACUGACACGCUUCAUCCAGUCCCACAUCCCUGCAGCAGAUCUCAGUGGGAUGGAUGAUGUUUUCUUCUCUUAUAUCACGGGUGUCCUGGAAGAGCUGGGCUCACCAGAGUCCUCUGAAGAGACUUUUGAUAUGGACACCUUUGUGGAAAUGAUGGAGGCAUAUAUCCCUGGUUUUGCAGAAAUCCACAGUGGGGAUGUUUGCGAAAUGAUGUUCUCCCUCUCAGAAAGGCUUGGUGAAGCUCGCAACAGAGAAAAACUUGGCCAAAAGGCUGUGGAAAGCAGGAGUGAAGCGCCCCCUGAAGAUCUCACCAAGGGCCAGGAGGCUGGAGCUGGAGCCUGCAACGGGGAAAGACUGUGCACUCUAACAGACGGAGCCGGGGCCCAGGAAGGUGCUGACUUGAAGGAUGGGGUGGAGCUGCUACUGGAGAUGUUCCCGGCCUGUACUGUGAGCCAGGCAGAGAAGGCUCUCGCCAUGGCCUUGGGGAACUUGGAAGAAGCAGUGCAGUUAAUUGUGGAGGAGAAGGUGGAAAUUGGCCCAGCAGGUGCGAGUGUGAAGGUACUGUACUCUGACCGGGGUGGCAGCGGGCCAAGGAGCAGGGCAGAGCUCAGUGCCACAACUAUCUGUUCAAGCAGAAAUUUUCACUGCAGAAACUUUAUGCACGAUAAGCCAGGAAGAUCAUGCAGAGUGACAGCUCCUCUCCCCUCCCCUGGCUCUCUUAGUAUAGGCUGUACCCACAACCAAGCCAGGACCCCAGUGGAGCUGUGGCUGGCACCUCUUUCCCCCUGGAGUGCUCCACCAGCAGCUGGGUUCACUGAGCUGGCAGGUAAGCUGUAUGUAUGCCCUGUUGUGCUAUUCACACACCAACUUGUCUCCUCCCAGGAACUGGCACGGCCCCGCAGAGCACCCAACCAUGAGGAACUAAAACAGGUCAUCCUACAGAAAUACAUGAUGGUGGAUAGUGCAGAUGAUCAGAAAACACAUCGGCCAGCUCCACCCAAAGAGGCUCCCAAGAAGUUGAUCCGCUACAUUGAUAACCAGGUGGUGAGCACAAAAGGAGAGAGGUACAAAGACAUCAAGAAGCCUGAGAGUGAGGAGAUGAAGAGAACCUACAUCAGCCUAAAACCAGCCAGGAAGUACAAGUUCCACUGACAGCCAGGUUCUACUGCUCUUCAGCCUUCCACCUCACUGCCAGGCAUGGCAGGAUGGAUGUACGGUGCUAAGAAUGAGACAACUCCACCUGCCACUAACUUGAACUAACCUGGAAGCCAGGACACUGCUUUGUUUCCUCAACUAACCUGGCUGAGGGGACUUCUCUCCUUGCGUAGCUAUCCUUCUGUCCCCAGGGGCACACCGCAGUGGCUCACCAGGACCUGGGCAUUCUCUGCUAUUCCUUGCAUGGGACAUUUUUAGAUCUGAGAUGUGGCAUGUGCUUUUGCAGCAACCUUUUUAAUGAGUCUUUGUGCACUGUUGCUUUGAGUGCCAGUAUUAAUAAAGAUGAUGUGACUUGGUGUGUA